AUACUUUUCCACAACCGCAACAGCAAAACAAACGACAAGAGAAGAAGCAAACAGGAGCAGCCAGUGCAACCAUCACAUCAUGCCUUACCGCGCCAUGCACAUCCUCGUGAAGCACGAGGAGUCUCGCCGUUGCUCGUCUUGGAAGGACGAAGAGGGCAAGACGAUCCGAUCGCGCACCAAGGAGCAGGCCGACGACAUGCUUCGCGAGUUCAAGCGCCAGAUUGAGGCGGGCGAGAAGUCAUUCGAGGACAUUGCGCGCGUCGAGUCCGACUGCGGCUCUGCCGCUCAAGGAGGCAACAUUGGAGAGUUCACCCAGGAGGAGAUCCAGGCGCCCUUCUUCGAGGCGUUCAUCAAGCUCAAGCCUGGCGAAAUGAGCGACGUCGUGCACACAGACUCCGGCUCCCACAUUAUCAAGCGCCUCGAGUAACGUGACAUGAAGCACGGGGAGGGGGAAACGCCACAAAACAAGGAAUGCAGAAGUAACAUAUUGUAACUGCGCACAGCAGUCCACUUGAUUCGUUGCGCCUGCCCGCUUCCUUCUCCCUUGCCCUGGUCCCUGUUUCCACCAUGCCCUUGUUUUGUUUUGUUAUGUGCUAUCAUCCUGCUCUGCGUGUCAGCCAGCCAACACCCCUGCACUGCUUGCGCCCACCACAUGUUCUUCUGAGCCAUUGCGGCCGUCCAAACCACUUCAGCAACACCCGCAUACUCCCAUAAACGCAACCAACACCGAAGA